AUGGGCUCACUUGCCGCGCCCCGACCGCUCGUGGCCUUUCUCUCUGCCAUGUCCAUCUACUUCGUCACCCUUCUCAUUGUAUUCUCUGCUCUUCAUAUCCGACUUGUCAAACGUCGCCGCAGAACAGUGAGCAGAGAACUGUCUUCUCUUAACCAACGUCGCACUCCUUUCGACUACCGCUGCUUUAUUAUGGGCUCUGGGGGACACACGAAGGAAUUACUCAUGAUGAUGGAUGAUGGCUUCUGCAAUUUUGAUGGGUUUCACCGACGAUACUUGAUCUCUUCUGGAGAUACCAUGUCGCAGGAUCAUCUUGAAGAUUACGAAGCAGACCUGAAGACACUGUGUGCUGCUGAAGGCACAAACCCAGGGGCAUACGACGUUUUCACCGUCACUCGUGCGCGCCGUGUUCACCAAUCACUCCUGACUACCCCUUUCACGGCCUUUCUCAGCAUGGUCAGCAUCUUCCCGGCUCUCUUGACUCCGCCACCCAAGAUUGAUGGUGCCGAGCUCGCAUAUCCUACCUGUAUCUACUCCAACGGACCCGCGACUGGCUUCUUUGUCGGCCUGGCAGUGCAUCUUCUCAAGCUACUGGGCAGGGUACCUGAGAACUCAAUGCACUUCAUCUACAUUGAGUCCUGGGCUCGUAUCAGCACCUUGAGCCUCACGGGCAAACUCUUUUACUACACUGGCAUCGCGGACGUUUUGGUGCAGCACCAAGAAGUUGCUGAUAAGUAUGGGCUUAGAAACUGUGGUGAGAUGGUCUUCAACGCUAGACGACCGGAUGUCUCAUCGACAGAUGAUAAAAUGAUGGGUUGA